ACACACACACAUCAGAGAGAAGAGCGAGAGAGUUGCUUCUAAUCUCUGCUUCUUCUUUUUUUUCUGGAAUUUUCUGAAUUUUUUCAAAUCUCCGGAACUUGCGUAUCCAGGGAAAAACCAAAAACCAUAACAAUCGAUUCUGGAUCUUCCUGUGGAGCUUUAAAGGAAAUUCGAGAGAUAAAGGGUGAAGAUUGAGUUUCUUGUUUGAUGAUAUUUGGUUGAAGAAGUUAUCAAAGAAACUGAAGAAAAAAGACAUGAAAAAGAAUAAGUUUAGAGAGACCUUGAAGUCUUUCUUUGAGCCUCAUUAUGAUCAUGAGAAAGGUGAAAUGCUUAAAGGAACUAAAACUGAAAUAGAUGAAAAGGUGAACAAAAUCUUGGGACUGGUUGAGAGUGGAGACGUCAAUGAGGAUGAAUCUAAAAGACAAGUGGUUGCAGACUUAGUGAAGGAAUUCUACAGCGAGUACCAGUCUCUGUAUCGCCAGUACGAUGAUCUAACUGGAGAGAUUAGGAAAAAGGUCAAUGGGAAAGGAGAAAGCUCCUCUUCAUCGAGCUCAGACUCGGAUUCUGACCAUUCUUCUAAGAGGAAGACCAAGAGAAAUGGAAAUGGAAAAGUAGAGAAAGAUGUAGAGUCGGUAACGGAUGCCCUGAAGCAACAAAUCGAAGCUGCAAAUCUCAAAAUUGCUGAUCUGAAAGGGAAGUUAACGACGACUGUUGAAGAAAAAGAAGCAGUAGAUUCUGAGCUUGAAGUAGCUUUGAUGAAGUUAAAAGAAUCAGAAGAGAUUAGCAAUAAGUUGAAACUUGAAACUGAGAAGUUAGAGAACGCAAAGACAACAGCACUGAAUGAUAACAGGGAACUGCAUCAGAAACUGGAAGUUGCUGGCAAAACAGAAACUGAUCUGAACCAGAAGUUUGAAGAUAUCAAAAAAGAGAGAGAUGAACUGCAAACUGAGAGAGACAAUGGUAUCAAGAGAUUUCAAGAAGCUGAAAAAGUUGCAGAAGAUUGGAAAACAACGAGUGAUCAGCUGAAAGAUGAAGCUACUAAUUUCAAGCAGCAGCUAGAAGCAUCAGAGCAGCGAGUUUCAGAGCUAACCACGAGUAUGAAUAGUGCAGAGGAAGAGAAUAAAUCUCUAUCCUUGAAAGUUUCGGAGAUUUCAGAUGAGAUCCAACAGGCACAGAACACCAUACAAAAACUAAUUUCCGAAUUGGGAGAGAUGAAAGAAAAGUACAAGGAAAAAGAGAGUGAGCAUUCUAGUUUGGUGGAGUUACAUAAGACCCAUGAGAGAGAAUCAUCGAGUCAGAUGAAAGAAUUAGAAGCACACGUAGAAUCAUCGGAGAAGUUAGUUGCAGAUUUGAACCAAAGCCUGAACGAUGCAGAGGAAGAGAAAAAACUGCUAUCUCAGAAAAUAGCAGAAAUCUCUAACGAGAUUCAAGAGGCACAGAACACCAUACAAGAACUCAAGUCUGAGUCUGGACAGUUGAAAGAGAGCCACAGUGUGAAAGAGAGAGAGCUUUUCAGUUUGAGGGACAUCCAUGAGAUUCAUCAAAGAGACUCGUCCACCAGAGCAAGUGAAUUAGAAGCUCAACUGGAGUCCUCAAAACAGCAGGUCUCAGAUUUGAGUGCGGGUCUGAAAGCUGCAGAGGAAGAAAACAAAGCUAUCUCCUCGAAAAACAUGGAAACUAUGGACAAACUCGAACAGAUGCAGAACACGAUACAGGAACUCAGAGAUGAAUUGGGAGAGUUGAAAGACCGCCACAGAGAAAAAGAGAGUGAGCUUUCUAGUUUGGUGGAGGUACACGAGACUCACCAGAGAGAUUCAUCGAGUCAUGUGAAAGAACUAGAAGAGCAAGUGGAAUCAUCAAAAAAAUUAGUUGCAGAGUUGAACGAAAGCCUGAACAAUGCAGAGGAAGAAAAAAAACUGCUAUCUCAGAAAAUAGCAGAACUCUCUAACGAGAUUAAAGAGGCACAAAACACCAUACAAGAACUUGUAUCUGAGUCUGGACAGUUGAAAGAGAGCCACAGUGUAAAGGAGAGAGAUCUUUUCAGCUUGAGGGACAUCCACGAGACUCAUCAAAGAGAAUCAUCCUCUCGCGUGAGUGAAUUAGAAGCUCAACUGGAAUCCUCAGAACAGCGGAUCUCAGAGUUGAGUGUGGGCCUGAAGGAUGCAGAGGAAGAAAACAAAGCUAUCUCCUCAAAAAAUUUGGAAACUAUGGACAAGCUUGAACAAGCGCAGAUCACGAUACAAGAACUCAGGGAUGAAUUAGGAGAGUUGAAAGACCGUCACAAAGAGAAAGAGAGUGAGCUUUCUAGUUUGGUGGAGGUACACGAGGCAUAUCAGAGAGAUUCAACAAGUCGAGUGGAAGAAUUAGUUGCAAUGGUGAAAUCAGCAGAUCAACAGGUUGCAGAUAUGAAGCAGAGUCUGGACAAUGCAGAGGAAGAGAAAAAACUGUUAUCUCAGAAAAUCUCAGAAAUCUCUAAUGAGAUUCAAGAGGCACAAAAAACCAUAGAAGAACACAUGUCUGAGUCUGAACAGUUGAAAGAGAGCCACGGUGAGAAAGAGAGGGAACUUACUGGUUUGAGGGACAUUCACGAGACUCAUCAAAGAGAAUCAUCCACUCGUUUGAGUGAAUUAGAAACUCAACUGAAAUUAUCAGAACAACGGGUCGUAGAUUUGAGUGCGAGUCUGAAUUCUGCAGAGGAAGAAAAGAAGUCCAUGUCCUCAGAGAUUUUGGAAAUUACGGAUGAGCUCAAACAGGCCCAAAGCAAGGUACAAGAACUUAUGACUGAAUUGGCAGAGUCUAAAGAUACACACAUACAAAAAGAGAGUGAGCUUUCUAGUUUGGUGGAGGUACACGAGGCCCAUAAGAAGGAUUCCUCAAGUCAGGUGAAAGAAUUAGAAGCACGGGUGGAAUUAACAGAGAAACAGAUUGAAGAAUUGAACCAGAGCCUGAACAGUUCAGAGGAAGAGAAGAAAGUGUUAUCUCAGCGAAUUUCAGAAAUGUCGAUUGAGAUCAAGCGGGCGGAGAGCACCAUACAAGAACUCAAGUCUGAGUCUGAACAACUAAAAGGGAGCCACACUGAGAAAGACAAUGAACUUUUCAGUUUGAGGGAUAUCCAUGAGACUCAUCAGAGAGAAUCAUCCACUCAGCUAAGAGAUUUAGAAGCGCAACUAGAAUCAUCUGAACACAGGGUUUCGGAAUUGAGCGAAAGUCUGAAGGCUGCAGAAGAAGAAAGCAAAACUAUGUCCACGAAAAUCUCAGAAACUUCAGACGAGCUUGAACGGGCACAGAUCAUGGUACAGGAACUCACAGCUGAUUCGAGCAAACUGAAAGAGCAGCUCGCUGAGAAAGAAGACGAACUUUUACUUCUGACAGAGAAGGACAGCAAAUCACAGGUGCAAAUAAAAGAACUAGAAGCAACAGUAGCGACACUGGAGCUGGAACUAGAGUCACUUCGUGCCCGUAGUACAGAUCUUGAGACAGAGAUUGCAAGCAAGACCACCGUAGUUGAGCAGUUGGAAGCGCAAAACAGAGAAAUGGUUGCUAGAAUCUCAGAACUUGAGAAGACAAUGGACGAGAGAGGAACUGAACUCUCAGCUUUAACUCAAAAACUUGAGGAUAACGAGAAGCAAUCAUCGUCCUCAAUUGAGAGUUUGACAGCUGAGAUCGAUGGCCUACGAGCAGAACUAGAUUCAAUGUCUGUUCAAAAAGAAGAGUUGGAGAAACAAAUGGUGUGCAAAAGCAAAGAAGCCUCAGUGCAGAUUAAGAGUUUGGAUGAUGAGAUCAAUGGUCUGAGACAGCAAGUGGCCUCACUUGAUAGCCAGAGAGCAGAACUCGAGAUCCAACUUGAAAAGAAGUCCGAGGAGAUCUCUGAAUAUUUGAGUCAGAUUACAAAUCUAAAAGAGGAGAUCAUAAACAAGGUUAAAGAUCACGAGAGUAUUCUAGAAGAAAGAAAUGGUUUAUCUGAGAAGAUUAAGGGACUUGAACUUGAGUUAGAGACUCUACAGAAACAGAGAAGUGAGCUUGACGAGGAACUGAGAACUAAGACAGAAGAGAACGCUCAAAUGCACGAUAAGAUCAACGAAGCGUCUUCUGAAAUAAUGGCCUUAACAGAACAGAUCAACAAUCUGAAGCAUGAGCUUGAUUCUCUAGAUGUGCAGAAGAGCCAAACCGAAGCAGAGCUUGAGAGUGAGAAGCAAGAGAAAUCAGAAUUGUCGAAUCAGGUCACCAAUGUCCAGAAAGCAUUGGUAGAGCAAGAAGCUGCUUACAAUACGCUGAAAGAGAAACACAAUCAGAUUAACGAACGGUUCAAAGAAAGUGAAACAACACUAAAUAAGCUAACAGAUGAUUACAAAGAAGCUCAAAGAUUGUUGGAGGAGAGAACUAAAGAAGUGACAUCCAGAGAUUCUGCAAUUGGGGUUCAUGAAGAGACGAUGGAGAGUUUACGUAACGAGCUGGAAAUGAAAGGAGACGAGAUCGAAACUCUCAUGGAGAAGAUCAGUAACAUCGAGGUUAAGCUACGCUUAUCGAACCAGAAACUGAGAGUAACCGAACAGGUACUAACAGAGAAAGAAGAAGCUUUCAGAAAAGAAGAGGCUAAGCACUUAGAGGAGCAAGCAUUGCUUGAGAAGAAUCUCACCGUGACACACGAGACAUAUCGAGGUAUGAUCAAAGAGAUAGCAGAUAAAGUGAACAUAACAGUAGACGGGUUUCAAUCCAUGUCGGAAAAACUCAAGGAGAAACAGGGGAGAUACGAGAAAACUGUAAUGGAGGCAUCGAAAAUACUGUGGACUGCGACGAAUUGGGUGAUAGAGAGAAAUCACGAGAAGGAGAAGAUAAAGAAAGAGAUAGAGAAGAAAGAUGAAGAAAUAAAAAAGCUUGGAGGAAAAGUAAGAGAAGAUGAAAAAGAGAAGGAGGUGAUGAAAGAGACCUUGAUGGGACUUGGAGAAGAGAAAAGAGAAGCGAUAAGGCAAUUAUGUGUUUGGAUCGAUCACCAUAGAAGUCGUUGUGAAUAUCUUGAGGAGAUUUUGUCUAAAACCGUUGUGGCUCGAGGCCAAAGAAGAGUGUCGCAGCGAGCUUAAGGACUCGUGCCAUGGUACGUUGUUCCUUGAUUUUUCCCAAGCCUAGUUUCACCUCACAUGAAUGCAAACAAUGAAAUAGUGUAUAUGUGUUUAUUAGGUUUUGGACUCUGGUCAAUCAAGAAGCUGGUGGAGAGGUAUUUUUUGGUUGGGUACUUGUGUUCGAUUACUUUGUUGCAUUUUAAUAUGUUUGUGUAACUUUUGUUGUUUUUUAUGUCAAUUUUGGUUUAUUGUGGGCAAAGUUGGUGGUGGUUUUGAUGGGAAGGAAUAAAGUGGCUCACACAAA